GCCUAAUGAAAUGGGACCCACGGACAAGUGGACUCUGGGAGUUUACCGAGCGCCGUUGCACGCCGGGAAUACGACAAGAGGACUGCUUAACAAGGCAUUGUAUGAUUGUAUAAAACCGCAUCGAAUAUCUCAUCUGCAUUUUCCUUUUCCUUCCGCGCCACAUAGGUCUCUCCUUUCCUUUACAAACCAUAGACUGUCGCUUCAUCGACGAUGUCUUACACUGUGGAAAGCUCUCGGCCAGUCAACACAGUGCUGUUCUGUGAACGUGGACCAUCGUCAACGAAUUCAGCAGAAUUUCAGGAAGGCACGCUGGACGUCACCGGUCCUUCUGCUGGAUCCAUUUUACUCUCCGCUCACCCGACCUCGCCACCAAUCGCCAAAAUCGGAACGGCCACCCAUCUCGUCGAUCGUUUCUCAAUGCUUCACUCCUGGGUUCAAUUCCCAUCGGACGUUAACGGACGUGUUGCCAUCUUCGACACACCCAUCGCUCAGCUCUCCUCAUUUAUAAUCGGCCAUAGCGUCUGUGGCCACUCGCUUUGUCCAGCUUCUAUCUAUCACGAGCUAGCCCUUGCUGGUGCCGAAGCCUCUAGCUCUCAUCUUCAUGAUCAGUCCCCCAAGGCGUACGUCGCUCUCCGCGGUAUAGAUUAUGCGACGCCGUUGGUUCACCUGGAGGGAGAAGAGCGCGUAGUGAGAACCACCAUUGUUCUUGACAAGGGCGCAAAGGGCUCAUUCGAGAUCAGCUCUCAUGCUGGGCAGGGCGCCUCGAUGACCCACUGCACUGGAGAAUUCAAGCUCACCCCAGUCGAGAAAACAAUCUUCAAGUUCCAGCGUGCAGCUCCUUCACUUUUGCGGCAGAUCUCGACCGUCGUAUCCGGAAGGGGCGAGCAAGUCCAAAUUUUCAACACCCGGACGGCUUACGAGAUUAUAUUCCCCCGCGUCGUGACGUACUCCAAAGAGUACCACACCAUCAAGACUCUCGUUGUCGACGCGGACGGAAUGGACGGCUACGCCCUCGUCUCGCUGCCGAAGAAUCGUCACCGCGGAGGCUUUGUCGUUCACCCCAUUUUCAUGGACACCAUGCUUCACGUCGCCGGAUUCGUCGCCAACAUGCAGGGCGGACCAAAUGACGCUUACAUCUGCAGUCAAGUCGACUCCAUCAAAGCCGUCCCGAGCCUCAUCAACAACGACGCUAUCUACGGGAUAUUCAUCAGGAACGCUUGGAUGGAAUCUGAAGGAGUAAUGGUGGCAGACGCGACAGCAGUGGAGGUUGUGGAGCCGAGGAGGAUUGUGGCCCAAUUGAAGGGCAUGCAUUUCCGAAAGCUCCGUCUCGAUCGUCUCACUCGCGCGCUGGCUAUGGCGGGAGGUCACCUUGUCCAAGCAGCAGCUCCGAAGGCGGCCGUUCAUCUUACGCGCUCUAUGUCAGCCCCUCAAAUUACCUCCUCCGUGGUUCCCUCCCAACCUUCUAUCGAUACCCUCGGCGAGGUAACGCGCAUCGUUGGUGAGACGUGUCAGGUCACCGGCUUGGAUUCUCUCACCGACCUGGCGACGUACGGUGUCGAUUCCCUCAUGUCCAUCGAGAUAUUCUCCAAACUUCAAUCCACAUUUACCACGGCUUCGCUCGACCGUACUUCUCUUGCCAACUGCGUCACCAUCUCUCAGAUUGCAGCCGAGGUGCGCGCCUGCUUGCCCGACCCAUCAAUAAUCGCCAAAUCCACAUCCAUUCCCCUUCGCUCGAAAUCCGAGAGCAGACCUUCUACGCCACCUGCACACGAUGUGCAAGCGCGAAUCAUUCGAAUUGUCUGCGAGACGUGUGGAAUCGAUCCCCAGAGUAUGGUCGCUAGCGCAACGCUCGAAUCGUAUGGCGUUGACUCUCUCAUGUCCAUCGAAAUCUUCCAUCAACUGACCGCCACCUAUCCAAAGACAAUUUUCGAUCCCGCUGCGCUUGCCCGUUGCGACACGAUUGCGUCUUUGGCCGAAGAAGUGAAAGUCUCUCUCGGCGAUUGGGCGGACCAUAGCUCUACGUCCGACAGUACUGUCGCCGACGGUCGCUCGACACCCAACACGACCGAGACCCCAGAGAGCGACGGUACCCUAGCAGAGAGUGGUUUUGUGAAGCCUAUCAUCGCUCAGGUCCUUGGUAUUUCUGUCGACGAUAUCGAAGACAAACACGAGUUGGAGAGCCUCGGCUUCGAUUCUCUGAGCUCUCUCGAGCUACGAUCGGAACUUGAGAAGCGUUCAAUCACUCUCCCGACAGAUGUGUUCGCGACUUGUCGUACAGUCGACGCCGUUGAAACCCUUGUUUCCGAAUAUUCCAGUAACAAACAAGCUUCCACCAAUACCAAAUCCCCGUCUUCCAUCGCUAUGGACGCAAAUCUACGAGCACUCCAGAAAAGUAUGGGCCUGGACACCGUUCCCGUCUCAAGCCAACGAUCCGCGAACUCCGGAAGAUCGCCUUUGUUCCUCAUCCACGACGGCAGCGGGCUCGUUCACUACAUUCGGCGGCUCCUCCCGCUCGACCGUGACGUCUGGGGGAUUCAUAACCCGUACUUAUUCGGUAAGAAUCCCUGGGAUAAUGUCGAGGAUAUGGCGGCGGAAUAUGCUGGCUACGUCAAAAGCACAGCUCCCUCCGGGCCCGUCAUUCUUGGAGGCGAGUAUUCCUCUUAUUUUUUUCACGGGUGGUCAUUCGGCGGUGUCGUUGCUUUCGAGGCGGCUCAGCAGCUUAUGCGCAUCGGUUUCGAAAUCGCCGGUGUGGUCCUCAUCGACUCUCCAACGCCCAUCAACCACGUCCCGCUCUCGCAAAAGCUCAUCGCUUCCGUCGUCAAUCUUGAGGGCGGGCCCUCGAAGGGAGGCCUGCAUCAAUACGUGAAGAACCAGUUCGUCGAGAAUUCGCGCAUGCUGGGCCAUUAUCACCCUCGUCCGGGUCCAGGGGAAGGUCCCUUCCCGCCCAUCACUCUCCUGCGAUGCACCGAUGGGUUCAAUCCGGAGGGCGUACCCGACGUGCCGGUUUGGCUUGCGGAUAGGAGUGAUCUGAGUAAGGUCACGGAGGGGUGGAGUAUGUUGGUCGGGGCACCGGUGAAGACGUUCGAUAUUCCGGGUAACCACUUCCAGCCUUUCAAGUCGCAGAAUAUCAACGCGUUAUCGAAGCAACUAGGAGAUGCUUGCGAGUACCUAGACUCGCUAUAG